GCAUUCUUCUGUCGAAACCCUAGAUUCAAAUCUAGGGUUUUGUUUUUGUAAUGUGUUCAAACGUGAUUCUAGGAAUUGCCAGCUUGCCACUUUGAUUUUUUCUGUAAGCUUAAUGAUUUUUCAGUGACAAUAUUGUUUCCUUUAAAAUUAAGUAGGAACUAUUUGAUCAUUUAAUGAAGUUGUUAGAUUUGUGUAGGCAAACAGAACUCUUGUAUUCAACGUGCACUUAGCACAAAAUAUUUGAGCUUGUUGACUGAAUAUAUAUAGAGAGCUACUGGAAUUUAGAUCCUCUUCCCUUUCCAUUGAUUUUUCUGUUAAAAAUCCAAUCUUUUCACCCUUUCUCGAGCUUUUUGAUGCUCCCCAUUAGAACAAACUCGGUAAAAACCUCAUUUUAGUAACUUCACCAACCGCCGGUUUUGAUAGUUCAGCUUUGGGUGGGAUUGUGGGCAAGGAUUUUAACGUAAUUAAAUAGGCGCUAGAAAGUUUGUGUAUUUGUUUAUCAUUAUCACAGAAUCUCUUAGUUAAAUGCAUGGAUGGGAGAGAAGCCAUGGCAUUUACUAGUGGGUCUUCUUCAUUUUACGUGCAUAGAGAGAGUGGAGGGUUACAAGGACCUCCAGGAUUCAGAGCUUUGUCAAACACUGCCGUUCAAUCUCAGUCAAAUGCAAAGGGUGGCGGAGGCGGCUCUGUUGGUUCUAAUUCCUCAUUUGCAUUACGGGUUCAACCUCAAGCACAGGCUCGUGCCGGUUUUAGUCAUGGCAUUGGCAUUGGUGCCUCAUCUUCUGGUGGUGGAGUGCCUCCUUCUUCCUCAGGUGAGCCUGUGAAGAAGAAGAGAGGGAGACCCCGCAAGUAUGGCCCAGAAGGACCAGGACCAGUUUCUUUGAGACUUUCAUCAAUGUCUGCCCCCGCUUGUUGGAAUGCUGGUUCAACCUCUGAUUCCCAGAAAAGGGGUAGAGGACGCCCUCCGGGAUCUGGAAGGAAACAACAGCUGGCUACUCUUGGUGAAUGGAUGAAUAGUUCUGCAGGGCUGGCUUUUUCACCUCAUGUAAUCUCCAUUGGAGUAGGGGAGGACAUUGUAGCAAAGCUAUUGUCGAUAUCACAGCAGAGACCACGGGCUCUCUGCAUCAUGUCGGGUACUGGGAUAGUUUCUCUAGUUACUCUCAGGCAGCCUGCUUCUACUAACACCAGUGUCACGAUUGAGGGCCGAUUCCAAAUAUUGUGUUUAUCUGGUUCUUACUUGGUUCCUGAAGAUGGUGGACCAUCCAAUAGAACAGGUGGCAUAAGUGUUUCCCUUUCUAGCUCCGACGGCCGUGUUAUUGGUGGUGGUGUUGCAGUGCUUAUUGCUGGAAGCCCAGUGCAGGUGGUAGUGUGCAGUUUUGUAUAUAGUGGUAGCGCUAAGACCAAGCCCACGCAAGCUACCCUCAUGAAAGAAGAGAGUUCCGAGCCUCAGCGCAAUGACAAGUUAGCUUCUUUGGCCAGUGCUCCGCAUAGUCAAAACUACAUCCCUUCUGCUACAGGCAUUUGGCCUGGAUCACGACCUGCAGAUCUCAAGAGCGCGCACGGACACACUGGCAUUGACUUGACACGUGGAUGAAAAUUUUUAUUUUGGGAGAUAUUGCAGUUUUGUAAAUAACUUGUUGUAAAUGAGGAGAGUUUGUGAGCAUUGUGAAACAGCUUGUUACACCCAUUGGUGGUGGGACACAAGUUUGGACUAAAAUGCUUAAACAAAUGGAUCAUUCAGCAUUGAAUUACGAUUCUUAGUCAUGCGAAAUUUCUUGUCAAAUCAAGGCAAAAUAUACACUUAAUUGGGAAGUAUAUUAUUAUCUCCAUGAGAAAACAUUUAUGAGCAAAAAAUGCCGAGUGCUUAUUCUGAA